AUGUCAGAUAAUCAUUCAGUAACGUUCAAUAGUCUUAAAGGAAAUAAAUUAACAUCUCCCAGCGGCAAUUUAAAAUACCCCAGUUUUAAAGAGACAUAUUGUACUUCAGUAUUUCUGGACAGCAGAUGCAGUGAGUCAGCAAAAGAUCCUGAUGUAGGACAUAAGCUUGUUACACUUGGUGCCUCUUUAUCAUUACCACAAGAGCAUUUUGAGUGCACUCAUUCAAAUACCCUCUUUCCUGCAUCAUCAUCUAUUGAAAAAGAAAUGAGUUCUAUAUCCUUAUCAGAAAGAAGAGAAGCAAAUGGAAGUGCAGAUUUUUUUGAAACUCCUAAAACAGGUAGAAAAACCAUUAUGCGAUGCAGGAGGCUACUUAUAUCAAUGGCUGCUCCAACUGGCACAACUGUAGGAUGCUCUGAAGGACAAGCUAGUUCUUCAGGAAGCAACAGCAAAAAAAUGUUGUCUCGUGUUUUGAGCUUUGAAGAAAAACUUUCACAAACUGCUUCAGAUUCUCCUAAACUGAGAAGUUACAAACCUUUGACAACUAGCACAUCAAAAACUAAGAACUCUAAAUGUGAUUGCCCAAAACGGAGACUUUCCUUUUCACAGCAAAGGACUUCUACAUUAGAUGAGUCCAAAAGUAAGGAGCCCUUAUUGCUAGAACCAGAAUGUUUAUCUCCAAUCCAGAGUAAGGAUAACGUUGUUAGUAAUGCUAAUGAAUCCAAUGAAAGUGUCCUUAUGAGCAUUAGUGGUGGUUUGCUUAGGGUUCCUACGUACCACAUGUUACCCGAGGCCGAUGAUGGUAAGUUGCUGACUUCUAUCAACAGCCCUGUGGAGAACUUUAACUUUGAACUAUGUGAUGUAAAGUCUCCCUCUGUUAAGCUGUCAAGUUACCGAGAUCUUUCAACACCUGAGGACAGUGGAUAUAAUUCACUUCCUUUGGACAAGUCAGGAGACUCAAUGCCUGAUUCUGAGGGAUGUUUCCAAGAGUUCUCCCAAAAACGUAAAGAAGGCUACAGAAUUCUGGAUAGUAAAAGAAAGGCAAGAAAACUUGAACGAGUUAGAAGGUUAUCCACCCUUCGGGAACAGGGCUCACAGUCAGAGACAGAAGAUCAUCAUGGUGAUCCUUCUGCUUCAGCAUGUCUGGUAACAGAAGAAAGAAUCUUUGUCAGUAAAGACCAUACAUUACUUUUAGAAGAAGAGCCUCAUGGAGACUUAGUUGUAAGUCAUGGAGAUCUCUCAAGAACUCCGGCUCUGAAAAUGGCUCAUGAAAUUUGCUUGCAAAGACAAAGAUCAGAUCAAAAUCAAAUAUCAAAAAAUACUGAUGGAACAGAAAUAUUUGCAUUAGAACAUGCUCUUGCUGGACUUAUUGGCAAGAAAAUGGGCCUUGAAAAAGUAGAUAUAUUAACAGAGUUAAAGUACAGAAAUUUAAAACAUGUUCUCGCUAUAGUUUUAGAUGCUUCAACAGUGGAAAGUCUAUGCAGCAUUUGGAAAGUGAGCAAAAACUGGCGUGAAAUUGUUGUACAAGAUAAAAUUGCAGAUAAAAGGAGAAUGUUGUAUGUAGAACACCUGAAAGAUGCAGCUGGGGAAUAUUUCUUGAAAGCUGAAGAUGCUGCCACAAGACUUAAUGUUCUCAAUAGAUCUGCUCUAAGGUCCGUUCAAGCUCAAGCCAGAACUCCUGUACUACAAACAAAACCUUCAUACACCGAGUUUACACCCAGGAGAUGUAGUUCUCUUCCCCAUUCAACUAGUAGACGGGAAGAAUACAUAAAAGUUGCUAAAACUCUCUUCAUUGAUGAAGCUCUAAAACCCUGUCCAAGAUGUCAAUAUCCUGCUAAAUAUCAAUUGAUAAAGAAAUGGGGACUAUGUAGCAGAGAGACAUGUGCGUUUGAGUUCUGUAUUUUAUGUCUGUGUGCUUUCCAUGGGUCAAAAGAAUGUAAUAGUUUAUCUGCAAAAUGUAAGGACAAAAAAGAUGCUCCUCCUGGAAGUGUCCAAAGCAAAAGAAAUUUAAAAAGACUCUAA